AUGGAUGGUGAAAUUGAAUACUUGAUGAGGUUGGACAUUUACGAGGAGAAACAUGGACCAGCGCCCAAGAACAAAAUUGUAACAAAGAUUUUCCGAGGCCGCCCUGUCACCGGAGUCAUGGUGGUGAAAGAAGAGGACCGCGGCAUGUUCAGGCUGAACAAGAAGCAGCGAAACAGUGUGGAGUUGGAAACCUGCUUGCUUGACGAUGUGGAGCUCCGGGAAAACCAGGCUGAGCAGCUUUACGAAUCUGCAACGAAACAUCUUUUGGAGGCACCCACCGAUGCCCCGACAGACUUUGUGCUGGGUACUUGUGAUCCGGGCAGCGGCGCUGGACUGAUGAUGUUCUUCAAGAGCUCUGCGUCCGGGAGUGAUCCGAGCAGGUCGUUGCCCAACAAAGACAAGACUGCGCAAAGUGCCAAAGCAAAGGCAAAACCGAGACCUUCAGAUCCAGCAGAUGACGGUGAUGAUGAUGAGGAUGAUUGCAGUGGGCUGUCUUCAAGAUUGCUUACAAUGUUUGGAGGCAGCGGAGCCGCCAAAGCCAAGCCGAAAGCAAAAGCCGGUGCAAAGCCCAAAGCCAAGCCCGUGCAGGAGAGCCAACGACAUGAGGAAAAGAAAUCUGCAGGGGCUGCACAUCUUUUCCAGCAGUUGCGGGCCGUGCCUGCUUCCACCAGUGCUGGGACAGGGAAAAGAGCCAAUGCCGCCAGUGCGGGCGAAGAGGAGCCAAGCAAGAAAGCCAAAGUCAAAGGGCGGCAAAGUGCUUCAGCAGUUCACCAGGCAGAUGAGACUUUUCUAUCUGAAGCUGAAGAAAGUUUGGCGGAACUGGCCAAGUCAGACAUGCAGCAAUUGGCAUCUGAGAAGGAUUUGCAUACUUUUUGCCAAGCACAUCUUCCAAAGUGCCAGGAUUUGAGCGCACAGGCAUCCCAGAAGAUUGCCCAGAUGAAACGCAGAAAGAAUUCUGGCGAGAAUUCGGCUAUGCUCGAGAAGGCGAAAGACAUCAACGCAGCUGCCUCCACAUUGCAGGGUCUGUUCACUCAGCUGUCCUCUGUCGCUCCUAAAGCAGACGAGCUGGGCAACUUGAUCAAUCUUGCUUCCCAACAAGGCUUUGACUGCGGCAGGGUCAGCAAGAUGAAGUUGCUCAAGGCAGAGGUCAUGGACUUCGUCAAGUUUGGCAAGUUUGAUGAGCUUGCAGAUGCGAUUACUCAGUUCCAGUCCAAAGCUAGCUGUGAGGAUGCAGACUACUUCCAAGCACAGCUGUGCCUCAUCCUCGAGCAAGUCCUGCAAAAACUUUUGCGGGCAAUGCCGCAGACACAGGUGCGCUUUGGAUCUCCAUGGGUUACUUCCAUCAGACGUUUUGUGGACGCCAUUGUGGCAAAGGACCAGCUUGACUUGCCUCCUGAGUUCCAGGUUCAGUUCAACAAGUUGCAGCUCAUUUUUGCUCAUGAUGACAAGACUCUUCUUCCAAACGCUGUGUUGUCAGCAGCAGGUGAAGUUCUACAGGCCAAGCCGGAGUCAAAGCUUUUCUACGCAAUGGUACUUCUACCGCAGGGGUCAUCUUUGGUGGAGCAAGCCCAAGCGGCUGCCAAGAAAAGAUUGGCUUCCGAAGAACAUCUGGUAGAGUUGGAGCAAGUUACCUGCAACGUCAAAGACAUGGAGUCGAAGGCUUCAGACCUGUCCGCUGAGGAAGUGGGAAAUGUUUGGGAUCGUUUGGCGAACCUGCGGGUUCAGCUGGCUGGAAAGCAAGAGUUUCCAAACGUCGAAAAGUUGGAGCUGCAGGUGAAAGCUUUGUGUGAGAAGCUCAUCACCCUUCACACGUCCAAUGACCUUGCGCCCUUCAUUCAGUCCCAGGUUGUCCACGCCACCAACAAGAUGGCAUGCCUCAAAAAGCCGGAAUGGAGCCAUGACCAGCUCAUGCAGUGUUGUGGGGCUUUUGAUAUUUCCCAUGGCCAUGCAGAUGGGGAGAUGACAUUGGAGAAGUCGCACGCGCUGAUGCUUGUUUGGUCCCAGUGCCAGAAUGACUUGGAUGGACUCUCCUCUUCACAGUUGUUGCAAAGCGCGCUUGCGGAUUUCAGAGAGCAGUUCUUUCUCAAAAUGCAAGAGGGUUUCCAGAACAAAUGCGUCAGCAUCAAAAACAACAUGAUUUCGGUGAUCAAGGAUGUGAUAGACAAUGCGCCGCCGACAACAUCUGAGAAGUGGGGAGCGUUCAAAACCAACAUCGAAGACUUCCAGCGUCUUGGCACUGCGGACAUGUUCUCUGAGCAGGACAAAUCGGAGAUGAAGGAGUUCGCCCACGCUGCAGAGACCUUUCGCAUCUGUGUUUUCAACAGUAUGACUAUCAUGGAGGGCGAAAAGAAAGGCCCUUGGAAAUUGUCAACGAACCCACAGGAGCCUGCAGCAUCAAUGUUCAAGGCACUGAAAGCCCUCAAGCUGGCGAUCCACGACCCUCAAUUUUCCAAGGACAAGUUGGUUGGCGCAUUUCAGCACCAAGGCCUCGAUGCUGACACUUUUGCAAAUCUCUUCGGCAGUUUGGAAGAUUCACUGGUGGCAUGGACAAAGACCCUUCAAGAAAAGGUCCAGCAGCAAGCAGAGACAAUUGUUGAAGAGAUGGACAAGCUACAGUUGCCCGAGUACAAGGCUGAUGUGGAGAGUGAGGUCAAAAAGGUUCUUGGUUCGAAAUGCGUAGAGGAUGCGUCCAAGCUGGUUAGCAAGGUGAAAGCAUUCCUUGAUGCGGUGGAGAAGUGCUGUGGCUGUCUUGCCGGCAUCGAGACUGACACGAAGAAGGUGCAGGAUUCUUUGAUGUCUGGAAGGAAAUUUGUGUAUGUCUUCACUAUCCUCUCAGUACUGGAAAGCCCGGUCUGGAAGAGUGUUUGCAAAGAGACCGUUUCCAAGAAGGAAAGCAGACAGGCCAACAUUGCCAAAGAUUUGCAGUUCGCUCUUACCGGGGUGAAGACGAAUGGUGUCAACUUGCCGGAUGACUUGCUGCAAAGAUGCGCGGAUCAAUUGGCAAAGGCAGGGCAGACGCCCCCAGAGUGA